AUGUCUGGACCAAUCUUCGAAGAGGAUUCGCUCAAUAGGGUCUUGAUAGACUUGGACUCGUCCGAGUCGACGUAUGGGCGCAACGCCGCAAAUCGGACGAACGGACGGACGCAAGUUGAGCGGUUUCCUUCUAAGCUCAUCGACACGACCUCCAACAACACAUCAAAGCGCAUGCAUGAUUAUUGGAGUUCAAGAUCCGAGGACUACGUCGACAGUAGCACAGUAGUGACGGACACUGGUAACGAACCUGAAUGA